AUGCGACGUGAUCGUGUGUCCUUGAUCCCGGCAUUGAUGAAUUCAUAUCAGGAUGUUGUUACUGACGUAGAAGCGAAGGGUGAAAUUUCAAAUAAUCACUUUGCCGAUAUCUGUACUUGGAAUGGACCACAAAUACCUUCUUCGGCUUCUGCUAGUUUACCAACCGCAUCUUCUUCACUAGAUUCAUUCAAUGUCUCGUAUAACACGGUGUGUUCUGUUCUAAAUAAAUUAAAUCCAAAUCUUAUUUUGAUUCGAGAAUCUCUUUCUUCUGGGAUAUUUCCUUCUUAUUGGAAACGUGGUCUUAUUAAUCCUCUAUUUAAAUCGAGUAAUUUGCUCGAUCCUAGUAAUUAUCGUCCUAUUACUUUACUGCCUGCACUAUCUAAAGUAUGUGAACGUGUGGUUUUUCGACAACUUUAUGAUUAUCUCAUUAAGAAUAAACUUUUAACAACACUUCAAUCCGGUUUUAUUUCCAAAGAUAGUACUACUUCUUUACUUCUUGAUGUUAUUCAAAGAAUAAAUAUUGGUGUUGAAAAUGAUCGCUAUGUACGCGCGGUGCUGUUAAAUUUUCAAAAAGCGUUUGAUAAUGUUAGUCACAGUGGUCUACUGAUGAAAUUGGGAAAAAAGGGUAUCAGACGUAAAGCUUUAAAAUGGUUUCAAAGCUAUCUUGCAAGAAGGUCUAUUCAAACAGUACUAGAAGGCGUCACAUCGAAUUUACGCGAAAUAUCGAAGGGAGUUCCUCAAGGAUCCGUAUUAGGACCACUUCUUUUUUUAAUAUUUAUCGAUGAUUUACCGACUGGACGAGAUACACCGGCUUAUUUGACUGAAUAUCUUCGUCGUCAUCAACCGAAUCCUUUUCAUAAUCUUCGUAGUAACCUGUCUUGUCAUAUUAAAGCGGUUGGUAUGUAUAAGAAAAAAUCCUUUUUUGACAUAACAUCGGCUGAAUGGAAUGACUUAUCAUUAGCUCAGCAAUUGUUGAAACCAGCGAAACUCAGAGAAAAUUUGAGAAGCACUAUUCUUGGUCAACGAUUAUUGAAGAGCUUAUCGAAGGAAUUGUUAUUUCCUAAUCGACAGAUUGAAAUUUCAUUUAUGAGACUGAAACUAAAUAAUCCUCAAUUGAAUGCUAACUUAUUUAGACGGAAUUGUGUUCGGUCGCCGAAGUGUAGUUGUGGUGUUGGAGAUGAGACAAUUAGUCAUUAUUUUUUUGAGUGUGUAUUUUAUGCUGAAAUUAGGAAACAACUACAGACAAAAUUAAGUGUUCCUUUAACAUUGGACAUGCUACUGUUGAAUGAUUCACUGACUGAUGUUGAUACACAAAGCAUUAUUCUUGAUGGUGUAUGUGAUUAUACUAAAAAAUCUCAGAGAUUUUCAUAG